AUGAAACGGCCAAGUGGUUUAUCGAUAGCAUUAAUGUUAAUGGUUUUGAAAAGUUGUAUUGUUUUCAUCGUUCUUUAUGAAUCAUUUAUGCUACUAGUCCGACCAUAUUUACUUAGUAUUAAACUUUAUGGACAAAAUAAUUUAUUGGAAUUUGUCAUUGAAUAUACUAUCUUCUCAUGUAUUAUGGUAAUAACAGAUAUUAUAACAUUCCUUUUACUAUUGGAUGGCAAUUAUGAGACAAUCAAAUAUUUCUUAAUAAUAAUAUUAAUAUGCCAAUUAAUCAUACUUUUUCCAUUUUCUUUGUCAGGAAUAAUUCUUGCUAUAACAACACAACAAGCAUCUGCUAAAGCUUUUAGUAGCACUUGGUUGGAAAAUUUUCAUUAUAUUCAUUAUUAUUCAUCAAAUUUAACUGCACCAAUGUUAAAUGAAACAAAUCUAAUAGAAGAUUUAAUGGAUAUGAAUUUGACUGAGCAAGAUUUCAAUACUUCAAAUUUAAUCAAAGAUGUUAUCGGUGUGCGUGAAUUGAUUGAAAACGAACCAAUUAUCAAAAAGCUUGACAAAUAUCUCACAUUUGUUAAUUCGGUUCAGCGACAAUUAGAAUGCUGUGGUGUUGAAGGAUCACAUGAAUGGUUAAGUUUAUAUUCUGGGACAUUUGCGCUUCAUAAGAUGACAAAAAAAGAUUUAUGGUGGUCAGAUAGUUGGGUACCAAGGCGAUUUACACCUUCGUGCUGCUCAGAGACAAAUUUUUUAUGUUCAAUUUAUUUAGAGAAAAAUAAAACAAACCAACCAUUUUAUAAAAAUCAAAUUAUUGGUUGUCGAAAAAAAGCAAUAUCUGAAAUUACAAAAAAUAUAAAAAUUUUAUGCUCAUUUAUGAUUGGAGCUAUAUUUUUACAACUUAUUUUAUCGCCACUCAUUUAUUUUCUCAUCGAACGAAGGAGACGAAUUGAACGAAUACUUUAUAUUACUCGAUGGAAACGACAACUUGAGGUUUUAUUACAACAGCAACGAAAAGAUGUUAGUAAUCGAAAUGAUCAAUUGUUGUAA